AUGUCUCGCACGUGCUCUCAGUGCGGGAACAACGGCCACAACUCUCGGACAUGCACCGACGGUGGCGCCGCGUCUCCCCGGGAGAACGGCUUCAUGCUCUUCGGCGUGCGAGUCACCGAAGGAAUCUCUUCUUUCAGGAAGAGCGCUAGCAUGAACAAUCUCUCCCAGUACGACGCCGAUACCAACGCUGCCGAUGCCGGCUACGCCUCCGACGACGUCGUUCACGCUUCUGGCCGCACGCGCGAGCGCAAGCGAGGUGUUCCUUGGACGGAGGAGGAGCACAGGCUGUUCUUGUUAGGGUUGCAAAAAGUCGGAAAAGGAGAUUGGAGAGGAAUUUCUAGAAACUUCGUGAAAACUCGCACGCCAACUCAGGUCGCUAGUCACGCUCAGAAGUACUUCCUCCGUCGCCACAACCAGAACCGCCGUCGCCGGAGAUCCAGCCUUUUCGACAUCACCACCGAUACGGUGAUGGAAUCUUCUACAAUAAUGGAAGAAGAACAAGUUCAGCAAGAAACAGCGGCGGCGCCUAUCUCCACCGCAUAUCCACCAUCGCAUUACGGCGGUUUCCCGGGCGCAGGUUUCCCGAUGAGUCUAUCUCCGGUGGUGUUGCCGGUGAGCGGUGAGAGACUAGCCAAGCCGAUCAGGCCGACGCCGAUUUUGCCGGUGCCACCAUCUUCAAAGAUGGCUAGUUUGAACUUGAAAGAGAAAGCUUCUCCGCCAAAUCUCGAGCCUUUACCACUGUCGUUGAAUCUGCCACCGCCGACGCCGAGGUCACAGGGUCAGUCGCCGGCGAGCAGUGACCACUCUUCCCCGUCCUCGUCGUCAUCGACGGCGGCUUUUCAGGCGAUGUCUGCCGGGAAGUUCGGCGGCGGUGGGGAUAGUAUCAUCAGCGUUGCUUGA